UCUCUAAUUUUUACUCCUGAAACACCGACGCUGUCUCACGUCAGUGCCACCUGUUUGUCCUCAGGUGUUUCCGUUAUAAACGUGGCCAAACUGAGCAGUUAGGUUAGCCGCCUGUGUGAGCUCUGACAGCCGCAGGUGAUCCUUAACCGCUCGGCCAGAUUGCGUUCACAAAUCUGACUUUUCUGAGUUUGAGUCGGUUUGAUGUAAAACUCGACCUGACAGAGGACUCAUUAACGAGCUUCACUAAGCAGCAGGACGUUCCGGUGUAUUCGGUGUUAGAAUAAGAAUCAGGUGUGAUGGAGUCCGCAGAGAGCCGAUACGCUCACCUGCUGCAGCCGAUCAGAGAGCUCACCAAGAACUGGGAGAUCGACCUGGCGUCGGAGCUCAACGACUACUUAGAGGAGCUGGAUGAUAUGUGCAUCAUCUUCGAUGGAGGGAAAACCAGGCUCAACUUUGCAGAGGCUGCACUGCUCAUCCAGAGUUCAGCCUGCAUCUACAGCAAGAAGGUGGAGCUGCUGCACGGCCUGGUGUUCCAGACUCUGGAGUACAUCAACGACAAGAACAAGAAACGCAACAAGCAAGGGGUGGAGUCUCAGGACAGCAACGGCCAAGCAGCGAGCAGCCAUGAUGCUGAUGACAUGGACGAGUUUUCUACGUUGGACCUGGAAGUGUCGGACCGGUCCAAGAGGUGUGAUUCCAACACGGCUGUGAAUGUGAUUCCUCUUCCUCCAGAGUCUCUGAUUGCACCUGAAACCCACGAGAAGCAGAAACUGCUUCUCAUCAGUGUGAAAGGAGAGAUCCUGUGCAGUCAGAAGGACUUCAAGAUCAACCUGUUCCUCCCAGGUGAGGGGGACAUGAUCCUGCUCACGCUCAGAUCAACUGCUCCCAGGUUCCUGCUUCACAGUGACCCCACACAGUCAGAGAUCCGACAUGCAGAUGCUGUGGCUCCAGUCGAUGCCGCAGUGGGCGGAGCUGAUGCAGAGGACGGUGGAGGUGAUGCUGCAGACGACUUCCUUCCUAUAGAGGUCCAGAACAUGGAGCAGGAGGAGCACGUGGAGAGACUGCAGACGGCUCCGAGUGAUGGCCGGAUGAUUCGAGAGAGGCGACAGCUGGAGGCCGACAAACCGAGGAGAGAGGACCAGAUUCCUCCUGCUGUGAAUGUUUGGGCGUUCCACGACCCGUACGCCGUGCUCAGGGAGGACAAACCGCUGAAACCAGGGAAGUGUUACAGGGUGCCCGACGGGCUGGACGAGGGAGGGAAGAGGAAAAGGAAACGAGCUGCGUCCCUUCAGGACUUCAGGAGCUGGUUCAGAGGAACCUUCGAUCCUCCGGAGCACAAGUUAAAAAAUGGACCCACAUUCACAGACCUGAACUACGUCUAUCUGAGCACAGUCAAAGUCAAACUGAAGACUCAGAAGAGGAUCAACAGAAGAGCCGGCGUGAUGAUCUCUGAUGAGGAACUGAGGAGGACCUUCCUGCAGCCGGAGGAGGCGGGGCCACACCAGGUGGGGGCAGAGCUUGUGGAAGAGUUGAGACAGGACCUGCUGGGUGGAGACAACACCUCGGACAACGAGCACGAAGCGUUUCCUGACGACAUCCCGGCCGAGUUUUUGGGAGGACCGGACCUCAUUUUCCCGGAGGCUCAGCGAGAUCAACUGAGUUAUGAAGAUUUGGUGAAGCUGCGAGUGGAGCAGCUCGUGGUGAACAGUCGGGGUUACAAUCAGGAGACGGCGUUGUCUCAGAGGGUCAAAGAGUGGGAGGAAAAGAUCCGCCCUGAACUGGCCCUGCAGGAGGAGCGCCCAGUGUUCGACAUCCAUGAUUACGGAGAUCGCAUCAUGAGAGCGCUGAGUGGCGUCGGAUGCCGCAGGUCAUUCGCCUCCAUCGUUCAUGGUCUGGACAACUUUGAAGCCUCCAAGUACCUGCUGGCCUCCCUGCAGCUGGCGAAUGACUACACGGUGGAGAUCGACAGCAGCGCCGGUUUGGAGGACGGUCUGGACACGAUGGGUCUGACUCUGCUCAGCACGCACAGAGCAACGGACAGAUUUCACACGCUGACGGCCUCCGCCUGAACGCAGCACGGGCCGCCGUCACUCAACCAGGACGACACAUUUGAUCAACGAUCAUGAGCUCAAUAUUACUGAAUAUUUGUAAUAAAAUGUUUGUGGACAUUU